AAGAAAGUGAAAAGACGACAGGCGUGCAACCUUCUCGGCAUAAAACCUCUUUGUUUCUUAGCUUCAUUCUGGGAAUUGUCUCUCUUCCUCUUUCCUCUCUCCUCCUCUUCUGCUCCUUCUAUCAAUCUUUUCCCUGUAACGGAUACGCCUCCUCCUAUGGAUAUCCCUUUGACCACUCCCCUUUUCUCCUUUCCUCUUCACAUUCUCCAUUUCAAAUGAACCUACCCCUUUUCCCCUUUUUCCAACUCCAUGGCUCUCCAUGACGAACCCCAAGUUCAGGACAUUCAAACCCACUCCUUUCUUCUCGAUGCUCUUUUCUGUGAAGAACUCUGUUGCGACGAGGAUUUGCCUGCUAAUGGCUCUGAUGAAGACACUCAAUACUGGGAAACUCUGAGAAAAGACCAGCCUUUUUUCGAUUUCAAUUUGGUGGAAAGCGACCCACUUUGGGCUGAUAACCAGCUCCACUCUCUGAUUUCAAAAGAAGAGCAAACCCAAGUUUGUUAUGCUUCUAUGAGCUCCGAUGACUAUCUAAUUGAAGCUCGGAAUGAGGCGUUGUCCUGGAUUUUUAGAGUCAAACACCACUACGCUUUCUCUGCUUUGACUUCUCUUCUUGCUGUCAACUACUUUGAUAGAUUCGUUUCCAAUGUGAGGUUUCAGAGGGACAAACCAUGGAUGAGUCAGCUUGCAGCUGUUGCUUGCCUCUCGCUGGCUGCCAAGGUGGAAGAGACCCACGUUCCCCUUCUUCUCGACCUUCAAGUGGUGGAAUCCAAGUUUGUAUUUGAAGCCAAGACCAUCCAAAGAAUGGAGCUACUGGUGUUGUCAGCCCUUCAAUGGAAGAUGCAUCCAGUAACCCCCAUUUCCUUCUUUCAUCAUAUUAUCAGGAGGUUGCCUUUGAAGAACGAUAUGCUUUGGGAACUUCUUGGGAGGUUUCAGAAGCAUCUUCUUUCUAUCAUAGCUGAUCAUAGAUUCUUGUGCUACCUGCCUUCUGUCUUGGCGACUGCAACAAUAUUGUAUAUCAUUAGAGAGAUUGCCCCAUACAAUUUCUUGGAGUACCAGAAUGAGUUUCUCAGUGUACUUAAAAUUAAUAAGAAUCACCUAGAUGAAUGCUAUAAAUGCAUCCUUGAUUCUCUGGGCAGCCAUGACAGCUCACAAAAUCUAAGUAACAGAAGCAAACAAAUGUGCGGACCAGGCAGCCCUUGCGAUGUAAUGGAUGGAUACUUCAUCUCCGAUUCCUCGAAUGAUUCAUGGCCAAUGGUACCAUCUAUCUCACCCUAGCCUGAAACUCAUUGUCGAGAGAUCAAUCCAUCUGCCUUCGCAAUUGUGCUACGUUUAGCCGUAUCACUCUUGACUUUCCUACUUCCUAUCGUUUUAGGACUCUCUUCACGUACAGUAACUGUAUCCUCACAUGCAUUUUGUAAUAUGAUAUCCAAUGUUGUUUGUGGCCAACAGCCCUUGGGAAGUAAACUAAUGAGACUAGGAAUCAAUGCUCUGAAGAAGCUUAUUAAUUCUUUCACUGGUGAGAGGGGAGAAAAAAGUGGGGGCGUUGGAGAAUGGAAGAGACCUUGGUUGGCUUUCUAUGUUGAGUUAUGAAUAGUUUUUUCAUGUACUCCAUCUGAGAUAGAUGUAGUACUUCAAUUCGAUAUGAUAUUAUUCUAAAUUCGAAUCCA